UAGAAACAAAUUUUACAACAAUUUCAAAGUUUUCAAAAAAUGUGAAUUUUGAUCAAAAUGGGAAAAGAAAAGGCUGGAGCAUUGACACCUAAAGCUAUUAGCAACAGAAUUAAGGCAAAAGGGUUGCAGAAAUUACGAUGGUAUUGUCAAAUGUGUCAAAAACAAUGUCGGGAUGAGAAUGGUUUCAAGUGCCAUUGCAUGUCUGAAUCUCAUCAACGUCAGCUUCUGUUGUUUGCUGAUAACCCAAAUAAAUUUAUUGAUACUUUUUCACAGGAAUUUGAAGAUGAUUUUAUGCUUCUAUUACGGAGGCGAUUUGGCACAAGACGUGUUCAUGCAAAUGUUGUGUACCAAGAAUAUAUCAGUGAAAGAAAUCAUUUGCACAUGAAUGCAACUCAGUGGGAAACACUCACAGAGUUUGUGAAAUGGCUAGGUCGUGAAGGCAAGUGUAAAGUUGACAACACAGAGAAAGGAUGGUUCAUCGCUUACAUUGACAGAGAUCCAGAAACACUGGCAAGACAAAAGGCAGCAGAAAAUAAAGAGAAAAUGGAAAUGGAUGAUGAUGAAAAAACAGCCAAGUUCAUUGAGAAACAAAUUGAAAAAGAACUGGCCAGAAGAGGUGAUCAGGCUGAAUCAUGUGCAACCGAAUUGGAAAGAAGUGAUGAAGCGGAAAAAGUGACGUUUAGCCUGGCGUCAACAAAGGCGUUAAAAUCUAGUGGGGAGAAAGAAAAGCUAAAACCUUCCACAAGCAAAAAUAUUAUCUCCAACCCAAGCCCAUUGGUGGACAUGGGAAAAGCAGUUGAGAAAGACAGCAAAAAGAAAGAUAAAGAAACACAAAAGCGAAAGUCAGCUUUGGAUGAGAUAAUGAAGGAAGAAGAAGCGAAAAGAGCAAAGAAGGAAACUUCGCGCAAAGAAAAUUGGCUGAUGAAGGGAAUUGUAGUCAAAGUUGUUCAUAAGAAACUGGGUGAAAAGUAUUACAAGAAGAAGGCAGUUGUAAAGGAGGUGAAAGAGUUAUUUACGGGAAUUGUCAAAAUGAUAGACACCGGAGAUGUCUUAAAAAUUGAUCAAACAUAUUUGGAGACCGUUAUACCCGCCAUAGGAAGGUUGGUUUUGAUUCUAAAUGGCCGCUACAGAGGUCAGAAAGGAACUCUCUUAAACUUGGAUGAGAAAACAUUCAGUGUUUCUGUUGAGAUAAAUGAGGGCGAGUACCGGGGACGGACAGUGGACAAACUCCCGUAUGAAGAUAUUUCUAAGCUUGACACGUGACCUCCAGGAUCGAACCCUCCAAAUCACUACGAGCAUAUUAAAUCGCGAAAGUUAAAGGGAAAACUCAGCAGGGUGCCAGGAUAAGAAGUCUCCGUCAUGCAACAUUACCGGCAUGGUACAUUACCUGGAAUUCCAAGUCAAACUUCCACCCCCCCCCACCCUAUCUCCCGUGGAGUGGUGAAAAAAACUCUGAAUUAUUCUUUUUUAUAUAUUUUACUAAGACAAAUGCUGUAAAAUGCCAGAGUGGGAAACAAUAUCUUUGACCCAAAGUGUAUAUGGUGCAUGUGCUCUGUAAAUGGCCGCAAAAUUGUACAUUAUUUACAAUCUUAAACUUGUUAUUGGUGGUAAAGAAAUACAAAAUAACUAUAUGCUAUUU